AUGGAAGAGCAGGUAGCAAACGCUAUUGAAAUCGCCGGGAACCUUUCCUCAGACGCCGCCCUCAAGGCCCAAGCUUUCGAUUACCUGAACCAACUCCGCUCCGAUCCCUCGGGGUGGCAGGUCUGCCUCAACCUCUUCACCAAGAACCCGCCCCAGUCUCACAUCGUCCGGCAUGUGUCGUUGGAGGUCGUCAACAGUGCCGCCCAGGCCGGUUUAAUUGACCUGCAGGCCCUGGGGUAUGUCCGGGACGGCCUGAUGGGGUAUCUGCGCCAGGUGUACGGCCAGGAAAACGUGACCCCCGACCCCCCCAAUAUCCAGAACAAAAUUGCCCAAACCAUCACCUUCCUCUUCUCCGCACUGUACGCGAACGGCUGGGAGUCCUUCUUCGACGAUCUCUUGAGCCUGACACACAAAUCCCCCGCCAGCACGGCACGCGACAACCCGCUCGGCAUUAUCUUUUACCUCCGCGUGAUUAACUCCAUCCACGAUGAGAUUGGCGACGUGCUCGUCUCCCGUUCGCGCGCCGAGCAGGACCGCGCCAAUGCGUUGAAGGACUUGAUCCGAGUGAGGGAUAUGCAGAAGAUCGCCAACUCGUGGCAGGAGAUUCUGUCGCAGUGGAGGGAUGGGGAUGAUGUGAUCGUCGAGAUGUCGCUCAAGGCCGUGGGAAGCUGGGUCAGCUGGAUUGAUAUUGGCUUGGUCGUGAACCAGACCAUGCUGGAUCUGUUGUUCCAGCAGCUAGGCCGGGUGCAGAAGGCCGACCUUCGUGAAGGGGAGGAGAAGGUGCGAGACGCAGCGGUUGAUGUCUUCACAGAGAUCAUUGGUAAGAAGAUGAAGGCGGAGGACAAGAUUGACAUGAUUGUCUUUUUGAACCUCCAAAAUGUGGUCGCGCAGAUCUCCUCUAGCCCUCCUCUCUACGCCAACCGCUUCACAUCCAAAUACGAUACCGACUUGGCGGAAACGGUGGCCAAGCUGGUCAAUAUCAUCGUCGUGGAUAUUGUGCGAGCCUUGGAGCAGGAAGGUGUCCCCGGCGAGUGUCGGGACAAAGCCAAUGGUCUGCUGGAGGUCUUCCUCCCGCAUAUCUUGCGGUACUUUUCCGACGAGUACGACGAGGUCUGCUCGACGGUCAUUCCUUGUGUGAGCGACCUUCUUUCCUACUUGAGAAAAAUCACCAAAGUCAAUCCUUCCAUGGCCCAACAACACUCCUCCAUUCUCCUCCCGAUCCUGAAGGCGAUCAUCUCGAAGAUGCGAUACGAUGACACCUCUUCCUGGGGUGAUGAUGACGAACAGACCGACGAAGCUGAGUUCCAGGAGCUCCGCAAGCGACUUGGUACUCUCCAGCAGAUCGUCGCAAGUGUAGACGAGAGACUGUGUAUUGAUGCCGUCUCCGAACUUGUGGCAACCACAUUCGAGAACCUCCGACAGCCUGGAGCUCAGCUAGACUGGCGGGAUUUGGACCUCGCCUUGCACCAGAUGUACCUGCUCGGAGAGGUGGCUGUCAAAUCCGGCGGCCUGUACACCAAGGGCCAACCCAACAACCCCUGCGCAGAGAGACUAAUCGAGAUGAUGCUGAGAAUGGUCGAAUCAGAUAUCCGGUCCUUUACCCACCCCGCCACACAACUGCAGUACAUGGAAAUCUGCGUCCGCUACAGCUCGUUUUUCCAGGCUCAUGCUCAUCUCAUUCCCGGUGUCCUGGAGAGCUUCCUUCAGCUUGCGCAUCAUCCCAUGAAAAAAGUCAAGACUCGAGCCUGGUAUUUGUUCCAACGUUUGGUGAAGCAACUGCGUAGCUUCAUCGGCAAUGUCGCCCAGACGGUCGUGGAAGCAUUGGGCGAUCUCCUGAUCAUCCAGGCGGAGCUUUCUUCAGAGGGAUCGGAUGGCGAUGAGAUGUCCUCUGAAGACCAUGAGGGCUCUGCUGAUGCCGUGUUCAACAGCCAACUCUACCUCUUUGAAGCCGUGGGCAUCAUCUGUUCCGUCACUGGUGUCCCUGCCGAUAAACAAGUGGUCUAUGCCCAAUCCGUUCUGUCCCCCAUCUUUGGCGACAUGGAGAAGACCCUUCCUCUGGCUAAAUCUGGCGAUGAGCGAGCCGUGUUGCAGAUCCACCACGAUAUUAUGGCGCUUGGCACCCUUGCAAGGGGAUUUUCCGACUGGAUGCCCGGAGCGAACUCUCCCGCCGCACUCCCGGCGCCUGAAGUUUCAGCGGUAUUCGGCCAGGUCUCCGAAGCCACCUUGGUCGCCUUGGAGUCUCUAAAAUCGUCCUUCAACAUCCGAACAGCUUCUCGCUUUGCUUUCUCCCGGCUCAUUGGAGUUCUUGGUUCCCAGAUUCUCCCACAGCUCCCCAGAUGGAUCGACGGUCUGCUUACCCAAACCUCCUCGAGGGACGAGAUGGCCCUGUUCCUGCGCCUAUUGGAUCAAGUCAUUUUCGGAUUCAAGGGCGAAAUCUACAAUAUCCUCGAUACUCUGUUGACGCCUUUCCUGCAGCGUGUGUUCGGCGGAAUUGCGGAUCCUCCUUCCGGUACUGAUGAUGAGAUUCACUUGGCUGAGCUGAAGCGGGAGUACCUUAACUUUUUGCUUGCGGUGUUGAAUAACGACCUUGGGUCUGUCAUUAUCAGUGAGAGAAACCAGCCGAUGUUCGAUACCGUCAUCACAACCAUCGAGCACUUCGCCAAGGACAUUGACGAUUUUACCACCGCAAAGAUGGCCUUUUCCGUCCUCUCCAAGAUGGGUAGCUCCUGGGGCGGACCCGAUAUCGCGCCAGAGACUUCCAAUGGAGCAGUCCCUGGGCAGGUCGCCCUCCCCGGCUUCGGGCAGUUUAUGAUCACUCGAUUCUCCCCGCUAUGCUGGGCUCUCCCAGCAACGCCAUCAUUCAACCCGAAAGACGCACAAGCGAAACAGGUCCUUGCCGAAGCGGGCGCGCUGCAGAGGACCAUCUACAGCAAAACCGGCAUGGAGUAUAUCGAGUACCUCCGGGACCGCGAAUUACCUGGAAUGGGUAUGGGUGCGGACCUCGUAGAAGAGUUUUUGGGCACGUUGAGCCGGCUGGACAUGAGAGGGUUCCGGCAGUUCUUUCCGUCCUUUAUCCAACGAUUGAGCGCAUGA